GGGCGCGACGUCACUUCCGUCCAGGCCGGAACUCAAGAUGGCUGCGGUGUUGCUGAGACACGUUGGCCGUCACUGCUUCCGAGCCCACCUUAAUUCUCAGCUUUAUAUCAGAAAUGCUGUGCCUUUAGGAACCACAGCCAAGGAAGAGAUGGAGCGGUUCUGGAAUAAGAACCUGAAUUCAAACCGUCCUCUUUCUCCCCAUCUCACCAUCUACCGUUGGUCUCUUCCCAUGACAAUGUCCGCUUGCCACCGUGGCACUGGUAUCGCCGUAAGUGGAGGGGUUUAUCUUUUUGGCCUGUCGGCACUGCUGCUUCCCGGGAACUUUGAGUCUUACUUGACGUUUGUGAAGUCCCUGUGUCUGGGGCCAGCACUGAUCCACUCAGCCAAGUUUGUGCUUGUCUUCCCUGUCAUGUACCACAUGUUGAACGGGAUCCGACACUUGACAUGGGACCUAGGAAAAGGCCUGGCAAUGCCCCAGGUUGAGAAGACUGGAAUGACUGUCUUGGUUCUUACCCUGUUGUGCUCUGCAGGGCUAGCAGCCAUGUGAAGAGCUGAGAUUGCCAGCAUCGUCCUAUACAUUAUCAUACUGAUUUAUAUUCCUGUUUAUCACUCUUCAGCCACCAAGGCUCUCCUUAUUUGUUUAGAUGUCAUGUGCUUCAGAACGCAGUAGAGAAGUUUAAAGAAGUUUAACAGUAGAAAAAGGUCAUUUCCCUGGGCCUAGGAGCCCUUCCUCCCUCUCCACACUUGACUCUGAUUUGUGCUGAGAGUCAGCUUUCAGCUCCUCCUUGCUGAGACGGUGGAAACAAUGCCAGUUCUGUGGCUGCCCUGGGUGCCAUUGCCUGUGGGCUGCUGGCCCAAAGGACCCUUGUGUUCAUUGGUCAGCGCAGGGCCUUUAACACCCACACAGUGUGAUUGAGAGAAGAAAGGUGGAGGUGGAGGGGAUUGUCCUGCCCAGCUAGAGGGAGAUAAAGAGCCGCUUGGAUCUUGGAAGCUCAUGCCUGGGGAAAAGAUGUACAGCUUUUAAUGGAUGAGAAAGAUAAAAAAAAAAAAAAAAAAAAAAAAAAAAAAAUUGUAUUAAGUUUCUGUUCUGUCAUUUCUAGUAAAACAUGCCUUUAAUGUCAUGUUUUCUAAUCUAACUUCAUGUACCGUCUUUCUUUGGAAACGAUUAAAGUACUAAUCAUUUUAUGUUCAA